UUUUUUGCCGGAUCGUGGACGUUGGUGAACAUGCACGAAGUCGCCUGCAUCAGCGGCAUCGCAGCCGCCUACCGCCUCGGCGCAGACUACACCAAAUUCGACGACUUUGCCCAAGACUUCUUCGCAAAGUACCUACUGCUUUCUCACGGCAAGUUCUUUUCGCGAGAGGAAAAGAAGAGGAAAAACAAGACGGUUUAAAAAUGGAAAGAAGGAGGGAAAGAAAGAAAAGGUCGCUAUAAUCGCUGAUAAACAACAUCACCGCUCAUGGAUACCUUCUUUAGACAAAACAAAACAAGUAGUGGGAAAAGCUCGGACAGAGCUUUUCCCGGUGAUGAUAUUGAAAGAAUGACUUGUCCGCUCCAAUCUCAACUCAAAUCCACCGUGUCAAGCAAUAUGAAAAUGAGAGAGCCAUUCUCACUCAAAUCCACCGUAUCAAGUAAUAUGAAAAUGAGAUAAUCAUUCCCACUCAAAUCCGUCCUGCCAUGCAACAUGAAAAUGAGUCUCAGGAACUCAAAUAAAAAGGACAGAGCUGAUAACGUCAUGCAAAACGAAGAGCGAGUCUAAGCAUACAAGCCGUCAUCAAUUCUAAACGAGAGACAAAAAGAAAAGAAAGAGAGAGAGAAAGAGAUGGAGACUAAAAAACGAAUAAAACAAAAAGUAGCUGAUACUUUCAAAAGUAAAUGGCAAAGCCCGCCAUGUACAUUUCACAUCCCAUUCCAGUGAAACCGUCCGUCAAGAUAAAAGGAAAAAGUCCCACGUGUACCAUGAAAAGUGUACCAUGGAAAUAUAGACUCCAAAACCGGGGAGAAAGAGUGAGGCAAAGAGAAUGUGAGAGAAAAAACUCCAGAGUCGCUGCCACGCCAAAAGUUGUGUCCUUUGGUAGCAUUAGCAAAGCCUUGAUCAAUAUUCCGCCCGGAAUCUACCAUGACUCCUCGGGUAUCGCUGAAAACCAAAACAUACUCAAGUCCCAAAGCAAAUCUUUCGUCCUGAUGCCAAAAGUUACAUGAUUCUCUGUAACAUUCCAGAGUCAAAUACCACCAAGUGUGCCGUUAAAACCCAUAGCUGAUGUGCAGAUCCGUCUCUCCGGUAGCGCCUCCAAUGCCUCGUGGAUGAUGGAUUUCUCUCUUGGCCGUUGAACAAACAAGCACCGCCAAAAACAGCGCGAUGCGUUGGGUAUUUGGUCGGCCGUGACGAUCAAGGCUCAAGUGAGACCAUAUAACUGACUGUAGAGCAUUCGUAGCUCCAGGCGGGGAAAAGAGAAAGAGGGAUAAGAAAAUAAAAAGCUCCAUAGUAAACAAAUAACAAAAAAAAAGGAAAAAAGGAAAAACAGAAAAGAAAAGAGAAGAAAGAAAAAGAAGAAAGAAGAAAAAAAUACACACAAGUGUAUGUUCAAGUGUAUGUUCCCAGGGGCCUGUAACCGUUCCCAUAUUCCCGCUCUAGGAUGAUGCGAAAAAACAUAGCAAAAGAAAAAAAGAUGACAUUUUGUAUCCCGCUUCCCAGUUGAGCCACAAAGCCACAUUUCAAAAAAAAUUGAAAAUGGAGCAACAUUGCUGAAAGAUAUAUGUAAUGUAAAAAGAACAAGGUAAAGAUGUCGCCGGAAACUAGUGGGUGAAGAGCCUGCGUUCCGUAGGCGGGCGGUCGACCG